CUUCUUCCUUCAUCAUCUCUUUCUCUCUCACAAAACACACAGAGUCGGCGCGAGGUUUCCCCCCCUGAUUACCCAUAUAAAUCCUGAGGCAGGGGGUGCUUGCCUUCCAUAACUCACCAGUCCACCACGCAUAUCCAGCUCGCUCCCUCUCACUCACACGCGCAUAGGGACAGACCCAGACGCGCACAUUUGACAGAGCAGCUGAGUGAGUAGAUACCUAUACAGCUACAGAGUGUGAAGAAAAGACAGAGAGGGACGUGUACAGACGCGUACAAAAAUACAGAGGGAACUUAGCUAGCCUUGCAAAAAAAAAAAAAAAAAACCCACCCGACCGACACUCGGCUAGUGAAUUCCGGCCCAUAUUUUCUAUAUAUCCCGUCCCUCCCCCCACGUACUUUACUCGGCAUCUCCUCUCCCCCUCCCUCCUCGCCCCCGCGCCACCACCACCACCACCUUCUCUUCCACCCUCAGCCCCUCCCCUUCUCAUACAAACCAGAAGAGCAGAGGAGGCAGCAGCAGCAGCUUCGCAUUCCUGGUCUCCGUCCUCCAAUCCCACGCUCUUCUCUCUUGCCUCGAGAGAGAAGAGCCACCACCGUCGUCCGACAAGCAGAGAGAGGGUGCGAGGGCGCAGCCGGCAUUAUGGCGCCGGGCGGCGGAGACGGCCGGCGCAACGGCGAGGGACAGCAGCAGGCGAACGGCAACAACAACAACAACAACAGCAACGCUAAGGCUAAGCACGGGUGCGUGUGCGGGUUCCCCGUGUGCGCGUGCGCCGGCGCGGCCGCGGUGGCGUCCGCGGCCUCCUCCGCCGACAUGGACCGCGUGGCCGCCGCGCAGACCGAGGGCCAGAUCGGCGCCGUCAACGACGAGAGCUGGAUCGCCGUCGACCUGAGCGACGACCUCUCCGGCGACGGCGGCGGCGCCGACCCCGGCGUCGCGAUCGAGGACCGCCCCGUCUUCCGCACCGAGAAGAUCAAGGGCAUCCUCCUCCACCCCUACAGGGUGCUCAUCUUCGUGCGCCUGAUCGCGUUCACGCUGUUCGUCAUCUGGCGUAUCUCGCACCGCAACCCGGACGCGAUGUGGCUGUGGGUGACGUCGAUCGCGGGCGAGUUCUGGUUCGGCUUCUCCUGGCUGCUGGACCAGCUCCCCAAGCUGAACCCGAUCAACCGCGUCCCGGACCUCGCGGUGCUCCGGCAGCGGUUCGACCGCGCCGACGGCACGUCCCGCCUCCCGGGCCUGGACAUCUUCGUCACCACGGCGGACCCGUUCAAGGAGCCCAUCCUGAGCACGGCCAACUCCAUCCUCUCCAUCCUUGCCGCCGACUACCCCGUGGAGCGCAACACGUGCUACCUCUCCGACGACUCCGGGAUGCUGCUCACCUACGAGGCCAUGGCGGAGGCCGCCAAGUUCGCCACCGUCUGGGUGCCCUUCUGCCGGAAGCACGGCAUCGAGCCUCGUGGCCCCGAGAGCUACUUCGAGCUCAAGUCGCACCCCUACAUGGGGAGGUCGCAGGAGGACUUCGUCAACGACCGCCGCCGUGUCCGCAAGGAGUACGACGAGUUCAAGGCCCGGAUCAAUGGCCUCGAGCAUGAUAUCAAGCAGAGGUCCGACGCGUUUAACGCCGCUAGGGGGCUUAAGGACGGCGAGCCCAGAGCUACGUGGAUGGCCGACGGGAACCAGUGGGAGGGCACAUGGGUUGAGCCAUCGGAGAACCACCGCAAGGGUGACCACGCCGGCAUCGUCUAUGUGCUUCUGAACCACCCGAGCCACAGCCGUCAGCUCGGCCCGCCGGCGAGCGCGGACAACCCGCUGGACUUCAGCAUGGUGGACGUUCGCCUCCCCAUGCUGGUGUACGUCUCCCGUGAGAAGCGGCCCGGGUUCAACCACGAGAAGAAGGCCGGCGCCAUGAACGCGCUGACCCGCUGCUCCGCCGUGAUCUCCAACUCGCCCUUCAUCCUCAACCUGGACUGCGACCACUACAUCAACAACUCGCAGGCGCUUCGCGCCGGCAUCUGCUUCAUGCUCGGCCGGGACAGCGACACGGUGGCGUUCGUGCAGUUCCCGCAGCGGUUCGAGGGCGUGGACCCCACGGACCUGUACGCCAACCACAACCGCAUCUUCUUCGACGGCACGCUCCGGGCGCUGGACGGCAUGCAGGGCCCCAUCUACGUCGGCACCGGCUGCAUGUUCCGCCGCAUCACGCUCUACGGCUUCGACCCGCCGAGGAUCAACGUCGGCGGGCCGUGCUUCCCGUCGCUCGGCGGCAUGUUCGCCAAGACCAAGUACGAGAAGCCCGGGCUGGAGCUCACCACCAAGGCCGCCGUCGCCAAGGGCAAGCACGGCUUCCUCCCGUUGCCCAAGAAGUCGUACGGCAAGUCGGACGCGUUCGUCGACACCAUCCCGAGGGCGUCUCACCCGUCGCCGUUCCUGAGCGCCGACGAGGCCGCCGCCAUCGUCGCCGACGAGGCCAUGAUCACCGAGGCCGUGGAGGUGUGCACGGCGGCGUACGAGAAGAAGACCGGCUGGGGCAGCGACAUCGGCUGGGUGUACGGCACCGUCACCGAGGACGUGGUGACGGGGUACCGGAUGCACAUCAAGGGGUGGCGGUCUCGCUACUGCUCCAUCUACCCGCACGCCUUCAUCGGCACCGCCCCGAUCAACCUGACGGAGCGGCUGUACCAGGUGCUCCGCUGGUCCACGGGGUCGCUGGAGAUCUUCUUCUCCCGGAACAACCCGCUGUUCGGCAGCACGUUCCUGCACCCGCUGCAGCGCGUGGCGUACAUCAACAUCACCACCUACCCGUUCACGGCGCUGUUCCUCAUCUUCUACACCACCGUGCCGGCGCUGUCGUUCGUGACGGGGCACUUCAUCGUGCAGCGGCCGACCACCAUGUUCUACGUGUACCUGGCCAUCGUGCUGGGGACGCUGCUCAUCCUGGCCGUCCUGGAGGUGAAAUGGGCGGGCGUCACCGUCUUCGAGUGGUUCAGGAACGGGCAGUUCUGGAUGACGGCCAGCUGCUCCGCGUACCUGGCCGCCGUGUGCCAGGUGCUGGUGAAAGUGGUGUUCCGGCGAGACAUCUCCUUCAAGCUCACAUCCAAGCAGCCCGCCGGCGACGAGAAGAAGGACCCCUACGCCGACCUGUACGUGGUGCGCUGGACCUGGCUCAUGGUGACCCCCAUCAUCAUCAUCCUCGUCAACAUCAUCGGAUCCGCCGUGGCGUUCGCCAAGGUGCUGGACGGCGAGUGGACGCACUGGCUCAAGGUGGCCGGCGGCGUCUUCUUCAACUUCUGGGUGCUGUUCCACCUCUACCCGUUCGCCAAGGGCCUCCUCGGGAGGCACGGCAAGACCCCCGUGGUGGUGCUCGUCUGGUGGGCAUUCACCUUCGUCAUCACCGCCGUGCUCUACAUCAACAUCCCCCACAUCCAUGGCCCCGGCGGCAAGCACGGCGGCGCGAUCGGAAAGCACGGCGCCGCCCACCACGGCAAGAAGUUCGACCUCGACAACCUCUCCUACAACUGGCCGUGAAGCACCGGGCAGCCAGCCGCCGCCGCCACCCAGCAUCUAUCGUCAAGCAUGCACAUACCUGCCCUGAUGAUGAUGAUGAUAUGGUGAGGCGGCCGCGAAGGAGAAGAGUACGUUUCCGUCCAUCCAUCCUUAGUACUACCUGGUGAUUGGUUGAUGAAGAGUGAAGACUACACAGCAACCCCACACAGCAUUUGAUCGACCCAGCGACGUACCCGCCAAAAUUUGAUUUUUCUUCUUUCUUCUCUUCUUUUUGCCCCCCCACCUUCUCUUCAUUCUUUUUUCUUUUAGUUUUGUCCAGAAAUUGAAAGAUGUGUUGAUUUGAUUUAGUUUUUUAAUUACCGUACCCGUGGUAAUUAAUUAUGUACCUACUUAUAUAUACAUUACAUUACAUUACGCCGAAGAAGAAGAGGAAGGAGGAAGGAAUCACCUUGUAUAAGACAUAAGUAAGAAGAGAGAAAUGCAGGGGAAUGUAGGAGGGGCUUACGGGUGGGGCCGGGGUGUCAGUGUCUGCCUGUCUGUACUGUACAUGCUGGAGUGGAGAGGAGUCACAUACAGAGAGAGUGAGAGGGGUCUAGGUCCCGGCUUUGGGUUGGUAUUCUUUUAGUAUAUGGAACACAAUAAAUUUAAUUUCAUUCUUGUUCUUGCGAAAAUGCAUGUGUGCACACCCUGCUGUGUCCUCCUGGACUGGUCUCUUUCUGUGGAUCCAUCAGAUCUUGUAUGUUACUCUACUGUUAGUAAUUGAUACUACUACUCCA